GAAAGCCCUUCUGAGUCAUGACAUUGCCUUUUCCAUUUCCCCUUAAACUCACACACACACACACAGAUAUAUAUAUAUAUAUAUAUAUAUGUCUCUCCAGCUUCUUCUUCUUCUGUGUCUCAGUUUCUUUUUCCUCUGAGCUGACUGUGAAGCACUAGCAGUCCCUCUGAGGGUCAGGCAGGGCACAGGCAGAGGCUGAGCUCCCCCCCCCCUCCCCCCCAACAAAUGCACAUUCCAUCUUUAACAAACAAGACAUAACAGCAGCAAGACGGAGAGAGGAAUAGGAAAAUGUGUUGCUGGAGACAAUGGGGAUCAGUGGGACUGCUCCUCCUCCUCCUGCAUUUGCUGAUGAUGUCUGCUUCUUCUUCUUCUGGGAAGAGCCCUCCUAGGUGUUUAUAUUGCAGAAAAGUUUUGGGGAAGGGCAAUUCCACGGCUUUUGUUGACGUUGGGGUCCAGUUGCGGGUGCACAGCUCGGAGCAGGUGUUGGUGGUUGAUAAUGGGCUGUUCCAACUCAAUCUAUCAAUCCCGGGUGGGGAUGUCACUGGCAUACGAUAUAAUGGAAUUGACAAUUUACUUGAGACUCUUAGAGAUGAUUUCGAUAGAGGGUAUUGGGAUGUGGUAUGGAACUGGCCAGGCAAAAAUAUCACCUUCGACAGGGUACAUGGAACAACAUUUGAGGUGGUAACGGAAAAUGAAGACCUAUUAGAGCUGUCGUUUGUUCGGACUUGGGAUGUUUCCGUCAAUGAGACUUUUGCUCCCAUGAACAUAGACAAGAGGUAUAUCAUUCGGAGGGGGAUUUCUGGAUUUUAUGCAUACGGCAUACUUGAUCGCCCAGAAGGGUGGCCCAACAUUGACAUGGAUCAAGUGAGGAUAGUCUUUAAGCUCCAAAAAGAUCUGUUUCACUACAUGGCUAUAUCAGAUGAGAGGCAGAGGAUUAUGCCAAUGCCUGAAGAUCGUGAGACGGGUCUGCCACUUGCCUACCCCGAAGCAGUCCUGCUGACGAAUCCGACCAAUCAAGAUCUAAGAGGAGAGGUGGAUGACAAGUAUCAGUAUUCCUGUGAGAACAAAGACAAUAGAGUGCACGGAUGGAUAUGUGGGGAGCCGCCAGUAGGAUUUUGGAUGAUCACACCCAGCAACGAGUUCCGCACAGCAGGGCCCAUCAAGCAGGACCUAACCUCCCACGUCGGCCCCAUCACUCUCUCUAUGUUUGUCAGCACUCACUAUGCUGGGAAAGAAGUUGGCAUGAAAUUUCGCAAUGGGGAUCGGUGGCAGAAAGUUUUUGGGCCGGUUUUGGUUUACCUUAACUCGAUCACCUCAGAAGGAGGCGUUGGCAGUCUGUGGGAAGAUGCUAAAGGGCAGAUGGCUUACGAAGCUGAGACUUGGCCAUAUGACUUUGUCUUAUUCCAAGCAUUCCCUUUAUCCGAUGAGCGAGGAUCUGUUGCAGGGCAAUUGCUGGUAGCUGAUAGAUACAUGACUAAGGACUACAUGUGGGGGGACUCCGCUUAUGUCGGAUUGGCGCCUCCAGGAGAGGCCGGGUCAUGGCAAAGAGAAAAUAAGGGCUAUCAAUUCUGGACUCAAGCCGACAAGAAGGGCCGUUUUUUCAUCGAGAAGAUUCGACCCGGCAACUACAAUCUUUAUGCUUGGUUGCCUGGGAUCAUUGGAGAUUACAAAUACGAUGUUAAUGUUAUAAUCACCCCUGGGUGUGCAAUCAAGUUGGGCGUUCUUGUGUACAAGCCACCAAGACAGGGUCCAACAUUGUGGGAGAUCGGAAUCCCUGACCGAACAGCUUCUGAGUUCUCUGUGCCAGAACCAUACCCGACUCUCUCGAACUUCUUGUACACCACCAGCACUCAAGACAAGUUCAGGCAAUAUGGGUUGUGGGAGCGUUACAUGGAUCUAUACCCGGAAAGCGAUCUUGUUUACGCUGUAGGGGUCAGCGAUUAUAGUAGAGACUGGUUUUUUGCUCACGUUACAAGGAACACGUAUAAUUUGACAUACAAGGCAACUACAUGGCAGAUCAUAUUCGAACUCGAAGAAGUUAGUCAGAGUGGUAACUAUACUCUUCAGCUCGCCUUGGCAUCCGCCAAUGAAGCUGAUUUGCAAGUGCGGUUCAAUGAUCCAAGUAUCGAACCUGCGCACUUUUCGACUGGGCAGAUCGGGAACGACAAUGCCAUUGCAAGGCACGGGAUCCACGGUUUAUACUGGCUAUUCAGCAUCCAGGUGCCAUGCUCCCUGCUUGGUACCAGAAACAACACCAUCUUCCUCACUCAGGCCCAAGCCAAGGGCGCCUUCCAGGGAGUCAUGUAUGACUACAUUCGUCUAGAAGGACCACCCAAAAUUUGAAUUACUAGGAACUGCUGUACAUAUAACAUGGGUUUCGAUUAUGAAUGUGAAUAUCCAAAGAAAAUGUAGGAGCGCGCCAUACUAGAUGUGCAUUACAAAUGAAAGACAAACAGCAUUAGGCAAUGCUAAUCAUCUUCUUUUCCGGUGGAAAGGACGGACCAUUUAUUGUUA